AUGAAUACCAUACGACCAAAGUUGUGGCGUCGCUGUCAUCGCCAAUCUAGUCCAUCUCAGGCAUCACCCCUCCCCGAUGAGCUUAUCUACGAAAUCCUAUCGUGGCUUACAGUUAAACUUCUGAUGCAGUUGAAAUGCGUCAGUAAGUCCUGGAAAACCAUUAUCUCUGAUCCUAAAUUCGCCAAAAUGCACCUUAAUCGGUCUGCAAGAAACCCACAAUUGUCAACGGAAUUCUGGAUAGAUGAUUGUGAUUACAGUUUUGUACACUUCCCUCUUGCUCAUUUACUGGAAAACCGUUCCAUCACCCUUCCUAAGGAUCCUUACCACCAGUUGUGGGACAACGUAGUUCCCAAUAUUCUUGGUUCAUGCAAUGGAUUGCUUUUCUUGCGCGGUUAUGAUCAUGAUGAGGGUACUAAAUUUCGAAGAGUAUUGUGCCGCUUCUGGAACCCCGCCACGAGAACAAUAUCUGAUAUAUUAAGAACUGAUUUCAGUUGGGAUGAUUGGGAAUUUCAUCCGUUCGUGUUUGGUUAUGAUAAUUCAACCGACACCUAUAAGGUUGUAGCCUUAAAUUCAGAAGGUAAUGAUGUGAGAGUCUUUACCUUGGGUGAUAAUGUUUGGAGAACUAUUAAAAGUUUUCCUGAGGACACUCUUCCAUUGAGCUCUAAUUAUGGAAUUUAUAAUGGUGCAUAUUUGAAUUGCACUGUUAAUUGGUUGGCCUGUAUGAGAGACCAUUGGAUUGAUAAUCGCGUUCCGAAAUAUGUGAUUGUUUCACUUGAUCUAGGUACGGAGACAUACUCACAGAUGUUGCUCCCUGAACCUUUUGACGAGAAGCUGUCAAAUGUACCGGAACAUGUUUGUGUCCUGAAGGGCGUCCUUUGUUUUUAUCAUGACAUAAAGGGAACCGAUUUUAUCAUAUGGCAAAUGGAGGAAUUUGGAGAUGAAAAGUCUUGGACACAAUUAGUUCAAUUCAGCUAUCAAAAUAUUGGAGUGAAUUAUGAAAUUUUUCGUAGCUCACUUUUAAUAUUAAGACCAUUGCAUCUUUCUGAGAAUGGGGAUACGCUAGUAUUGAAAAGCAACCAAGAAGAUCGAGCAAUUCUUUAUAACCGGAUAACUAACAAAGCAAAGAAAACUAGAAUUAACAGAAAGAUACAUUGGUUAAUGGUCGAUUAUGUCGAAAGCUUGGUUUCACCUUCUUGA